AUGGCCUUCCACAACAACCAUCUCCAUUUCUCCAUCUCUCUCCUCGGCCUCCUCCUGUCUUUCCUCCUCAUCCUACUCCCCGCCACCGCCACCGCCACCGCCACCGCCGGAAUCCGCCUAGGGAUCAUCCGCAAGCCUUCCUCCGACGUUCCUAUCUUUCGCGAAGCUCCGGCGUUUCGGAAUGGCGAUUCCUGUAAAAGAGAUGAGAAGAUUCACGUGGCUAUGACUUUGGAUUCGAAUUACCUGAGAGGAACAAUGGCGGCCGUUCUGUCGAUUCUUCAGCACUCGACUUGCCCUGAGAACGUGGAAUUUCACUUCCUGUGGGCGAGAUUCGACUCCGAGGUGUUCUCGUGCAUCAAAACCACGUUUCCGUACCUCAAUUUUAAGGUUUAUCGAUUCGAUUCCGGUAGGGUUCGGGGGAAAAUUUCGAAAUCCAUUCGACAAGCUUUGGAUCAGCCAUUGAACUACGCGAGAAUUUACUUGGCGGAGAUUCUGCCGGUGGAGGUUAAGAGAGUCAUAUAUUUGGAUUCCGAUUUGGUCGUUGUUGACGACGUUGCAGAGCUUUGGGGAGUGGAUUUGGGCGAUAAGGUAUUAGCAGCACCGGAGUAUUGCCACGCAAACUUCACGAAGUACUUCACCGACCAAUUCUGGUCGGACCGGAAGCUGUCAGAGACGUUCAGCACGCGACAGCCCUGCUACUUCAACACCGGCGUCAUGGUCGUCGACAUCAAAAAGUGGAGGUCCGGUAAGUUCACCCAGAAGAUGGAGGACUGGAUGGCAGUCCAGAAGCAGCGCCGUAUCUACCACCUUGGUUCUCUCCCGCCCUUCCUCCUCGUCCUCGCCGGCGACAUCCGCGCCGUCGACCACCGCUGGAACCAGCACGGCCUCGGCGGCGACAACCUCGAAGGCAAAUGCCGCAGCCUCCACCCUGGUCCAAUCAGCCUCCUCCACUGGAGCGGCAAGGGCAAACCCUGGCUAAGGCUAGAUUCCAGGAGGCCCUGCACCGUCGAUCAUCUUUGGGCCCCGUACGAUCUCUACCGUCCCUCCACUCAUGCCUUGGAAGAGUGA